AUUUUGAGUGUUACAUGGACUUAAACUGUGUGCUUAAUCUCUUUAUCUGACAAAGACACGUUCUCCUUGUACCGUUUUUAAAAUUAAACUGUGUUUAAAUGGAAUCAACACAGCUCUAGUCCCGGUGUCUCCUCAUUCUUGUGUCCUUACCUCCUGUGUGAAGGUUGCCUGUAUGUGGUCAAAGAGGUGGCCCAGGGUGCUCCUGAGCAACUUGGUUAAACCUCACCUAUUCUUGUGAGCCUGCUGAGCUCCAGCCUGCAGCUCAGUGCUGGCAUGUCUGGGGUGAGUGGACAUGCUGGAGUCAGCCCUGAAUUCACCGAGAGAGCGCUGGUAUCGCCAGCACCGCCUUUGUCCCACUACAAUAGGGCUCUAUGAGCACGGGCUAGCCUGCCGCUUUAAAGUUGGACUGUUUACUUCUAUCACUACUUACGCCUGCUGUUCUCUUGCCAGUCAUCUGCUGGAGUGCUCAGAAUAAUCUGAAACAACAGGCAAUACUUAUUUCUAGCUUUGUGUCUCACGCUUCGCGGGAGCGCUCAUAAUUCGCACGUUAUCAUUUAUCCAAACUUCCGCAAGGCUUUCCAAUGGACCGGACAGCGCUGGUUGUGGAUUAGGACAGAUUUAGCAGGCACUCUUUAUUGGCCGAGAGCUGCGAGGAAAGCCCCGGAGCUCGGCUUCGCCGGGGUGCCCGGGGUAUAUUUGGUAGGUGGCCGGCGUGACACGGAGCGCGGCGUGGCUGUGCCGCCCGCAGCUGACACGGAGGAUGCUGCGCGACCCCGCACCGCCCGCUGAAGGAGAGAGGGAGGCUCUCCCCCGCUCCCGGCAGAGCAUUUCCCUGCGUGUCAGCGCCAGAGGCACGAGCAUGGCUGUUCUCCGCUUCUCGGGGACGAAGGGAGCGUUUCGCCGCCGUGAACCCGGUGAGCGAGUGCCAGCGUAGGGUCGCCGCGGGGCUCGGGAGCGGACCCUGCCCGGGGAGCGCGGCUGAGGAACAGCCCCGGCCCCCCGUGGGACUCAGAUGCUGCUCUUUAAUUAGCUGGGAAAAGACUGACACCCAGAAAGUGCUGCCUGACAACUGCGCAGGAGAUUCUUUGAUGGAUUACAAUCUCAUCAGACUCCAACUCGAGAAGAAGAAUGUCAGCUCAGACACUUAAACCAGACUUUUCACCAUCCUGGAAAGGAACUGGCUUCCAGAAUUUGGAGGGUUUUUGAUGCUCUACCUCCCUCUGCUGUUACCAGCGAGAAGUUCCUCGACAAUGGGAAAUCAUGUACUCGCGGCUUCGAUUUCCAUGCUCUCGCUGCUGGUGAUGAUGGGAGACACGGACAGUAAAACAGAGAGCUCCUUCCUGAUCGACUCCGACCCCAGCCGCUGCAUGCGGCACCACUACGUCGACUCCAUCAGCCACCCUCUCUACAAGUGCAGCUCCAAGAUGGUGCUGCUGGCUCGCUGCGAAGGCCGCUGCAGCCAGACGUCGCGCUCGGAGCCGCUGGUUUCCUUCAGCACGGUGCUGAAGCAGCCCUUCCGCUCCACCUGCCACUGCUGCCGGCCCCAGACCUCCAAGCUGAAGGCCAUGAGGCUGCGGUGCUCGGGGGGCAUGCGGCUCACGGCCACCUACCGCUACAUCCUCUCCUGCCACUGCGAGGAGUGCAACUCCUAG